GUCCGCGGGUAUCACGGCGUGGGGCGUAAGCGGGUCCUGACCGACGCCUCACGCCUGCGAAGGACUCCCCGGGUCCGGGCAGAAAGACGAAGCCUCCUCGCCGAGCUCCGGACCUCCGGCGAGGGGAGAGGGGGAGAGAAAAAAGGGGGCGCUUCUAGAAAAAAAAAAAAAAACGGGCGUCUUUUCUCCUUAUCACGUCGCCCGUAACGCGUUCACGUGUGUCCCGCAUGUUCAGCUGCCGGAGGGUUUUGCGCGUGUGUGUUUUUUUGUUUCUUUUCGUGCCAUUGUGCUGCUGCCCGCAGCCUGGAGUGGGCGUCGCUCCGGGACGGACGGGGCUGCUCCCGGUGCGCUGCCCGCUUUGCUCCCUUUUUUUCGCAGGACUGCAGCACUCUUGGUGUCGGUCGACCGACGCCGUGACAUUAUGGGUUAAACAUAAAAAAAAAAGAAAGAAAGAAGGAAGAAAGGUCGGUAACGAGGGUUACCGGAGGUCGGUGGCGUCUCGCGGGCGUUGCGCCGUGGGUUACCGGGCGCCGAGACCCAACGGAGGAAACGCGCGAGACGUGGUGGUGGCUAAAUAGGUUACUGUGGAAAGAUGAGCAACUAUGCUCUGCGUGUGUGUGUGUGUGUGUGUGUGUGUGUUUGCGGCACGUGUUUAGUCUCUUCGGGUAACGUUUGUUUCCGCUUGCAGUGAGUCCGUUGCGUUUGUUACGCGGGGGGGGGGGGGGGUACGCGCCGUCGCCUCCCUCGGGAAAGAUUUAAGGGGGGGUUUUGCCACCCGAUGCUCCAGCGACCGGAGACGGGUGUAGCUCAUUAGAAGAAGAGCCUGAUGGAUUGCUCGUCCGGCCAAUCACAGGGCAGAAUGAAGCCGAGUGGGCGGAUGGUUUGCUGGAAAUCGUCCAGUGCAGAAACAAAGACGGGGGGAGAGUUGACAGCUAUCAGUGGGGUGUUAUUGUGUGACCUGCUGUUAAUAUUUGGGGUGUUUAGCACCAACCAUUUACAUAUUUUACCAUUUAAAUGAUGAUACCGUCCCACGAAUCACACUCCACGAGAGUUGAAAUGAUGUAAUGUGUGUGCAUAUAGGCUUGUUCACGUAAGGAUCAUGAAGAUGCAAGUCUCUCAAUUCCAUCCAGCGCCCACGAGGCCUCUUUGUUCCCGUUGUUUUCUUCGGUCUACACUGCAUGCGCGAGCCGGUGUGCUUUGUCCCCUUGUCUCCCGCAGGCAGCCCCAUAGGUGGAUCAACGCUGCGGACAUCACGGUGGCUCACCAGAGCAGCCUGCUGAAGCAGCUGGACCAGCAGCGCCGCCAGGAGCUCUUCUGUGACUGCAGUGUGCUGGUGGAGGGCCAGCUCUUCAGGGCCCACCGCAACGUCCUGUUCGCCAGCAGCGGCUACUUCCGCAUGCUGCUGUCCCAGGGGCCCGACGGGCUGUCCGACUCGGUCAACGCCACCUUCGACGUCUUCAGCCCCGAGACCUUCACCGUCAUCCUGGAUUUCAUCUACUCCGGCCAACUCGACCUCUCGAGUCACAACGUGAUCGAGGUGAUGUCCGCGGCCAGCUACUUGCAGAUGAACAAUGUCAUCAACUACUGCAAGAACUUCAUCAAAUCCUCCCUGGAAAUCAGUGUGAAAGACGAAGACAGUGACCGCUGCAUCAGUUUGUCAGAGACCUGCAGUUUUAUCAGUGGAGGAGGAGACGACAGCUCGGAGCAGCAGCAGCAGCAGCGGCAGCGAGGCCCCAGCUCAGUGAGCCCCCCACCGGCGCUGUGGACCAGGGACAACUCACGAGUGCAGUGUGGCUUUAUAGGGAAGGACCUAGACCAGGGUUCAUUGGCCUCAGCCUUGAAGACUAACCCCAGCAGCCCCGCUGAUGUCCUCAGCGCAGAGGCCGAGGACCCGCAGGACCCCGAGGACCCUCCGUACACGCUGCCCGGAUCGGAGUGCCGGCGAGGCAGAGGGGGAACCAAAAGGAAAGCACCCAACGGCACCACUCGCGCCAACCAACCCGAAGACUUGGACAUCGAGGAGGCCAGGACUAAAAAGGCCGAACGGGCGGAGGAGCUGUAUGCUACGCUUCCACCUAUUGUGAGUGUCAUCGGACACUUUAAUCAAGACUCCAACCCUAUUAUGCGUUUCAAAUGUCCCUUUUGCACACAUACGGUAAAAAGGAAAGCCGAUCUGAAGCGUCACUUGCGCUGCCACACGGGAGAGAGGCCGUACCCCUGUCAGGCCUGCAAUAAACGCUUUACACGCCUGGAGCACCUCCGGAGCCAUUUUGAGACGAUCCAUCAAGCCAGGAAGCUGGUGUGCAGGAAGUGUAAAUGUCAGGUUUCGGAGGAAACUGGGCACGUGGUGUGCGAGGGGACACGACGCUACCGCAUGUGCACCGCAUGCAUCCAGGAGGUGGACUGUGACGACAUCCCCAUGGACAGUCUAGACAGUGCCAACGAGGAGCCGGCCCUCUUAUUGGGGGUUGACGGCGAAGAGGAGGGGGACAGCGCGAGGAGCUGGAUGGUAACCGAUGACGACGACCUAGCGGAAGACUCGGGGGCCGACCUCAUCAUCCAGCAAGUGGACGACAGUGAUGAGGAGCUGCAGUGAAAAGGAACCAAAGUGUGUGUGUGCAAAGGCACGCGUGAAUAAUAAACUUUGUGUGUGUGUGUGUUUGUGCACGCGCUUAAGCCACGCAAGAAAAUUUAUGCAGAAAAUAUGUGAUCCACUAUUGUAAAUACAUGCACUUGAUAUAUGUUAAUUGUCUAUUAUUUAAAUGCAACUGGUUAAUCUUUACUGGAUGUUGACCUUUGUUACAAAGAGGAAUUCCUUUUGUUCAGCUUCAUAAAGAUAUGCAGUAUCCAAAACUGUUUCCUUUGAUUGUAUUACAGUUAAAUUAUACUCUUUCAAAGAAGUGUUUUACAGUAUCUAUGGGCGAAGACCUCUGAUUUGGGACGCUGUACUUUGAUAAAAGCUGGUCUUUCAGUAAAAAACAAACUGACAAUUACGGAAUAACAACUCGUGCCAAUUCCCCGUUUCCUGUAAGGAAGAUCAAGAGUGGACUUUCCCCAAUUUUACGCAAUUGCAUUUGUUAUGAUUACGUUUUAUUAUGACAUGCACUAUGAUGAACAAAUUAUAAUGUAUUUGUUUGUUUUGUCUUUUUGACACAUUAAAGAUAUUUUAUACAUUAUGUGUAUAAAGUUUGGGAAA